AACGAGACAGAAAGAAAAGCGUGUUGAUGUGAAAAUGUGAUGAUGACGUCAGACGCAAAGAAGCGUCGCUGUGUUUUCGGUUGCAGGUGUCUCCAGCUAUCAGGAAGCAGUUAACAUACGUAGUGUACUAAGGAUGACAUUAGCAACAGUUGCCGUUGUGAUCCUUGCGAUAGGAGGGGUUGCUAUGUUUUCUGCUCUUCAUAAAAUUGAAGAAGGACAUGUGGGUGUUUACUACAGGGGUGGAGCUCUGCUUACUGGCACCAGUGGUUCUGGAUUUCAUCUGAUGCUGCCUUUUAUUACUACAUUUAAGUCUGUACAGACAACUCUGCAAACAGAUGAAGUAAAGAAUGUUCCAUGUGGCACAAGUGGCGGUGUAAUGAUCUACUUUGAUCGCAUUGAGGUUGUGAACUUCCUUGUUCCAUCAGCAGUGUAUGGCAUUGUGAGAAACUUCACUGCUGACUACGACAAAGCCCUGAUUUUCAACAAAGUUCACCAUGAGUUGAAUCAGUUUUGUAGCGUUCACUCACUUCAAGAGGUCUACAUAGGUUUAUUUGAUCAAAUAGAUGAGAAUUUAAAGCUCACCCUCCAGGAGGAUCUCACCAACAUGGCUCCAGGACUCAUUAUUCAGGCGGUUCGUGUUACUAAACCAAACAUCCCAGAAAGCAUUCGCAGGAACUAUGAACUAAUGGAGGGCGAGAGAACAAAGCUACUCGUUGCGGCUCAGACACAGAAGGUGGUAGAGAAAGAGGCAGAGACAGAGAGGAAAAAGGCUGUCAUAGAGGCAGAGAAGGUUGCUCAGGUGUCUGAAAUAAAGUUUGGACAGAAAGUUAUGGAAAAAGAAACUGAGAAAAAAAUAUCAGAAAUUGAAGACAGUGCUUUUCUCGCUAGACAGAAGGCAAAAGCAGAUGCAGAGUUUUACACUGCACAGAGAGCAGCUGAGGCCAAUAAGCUGACGCUCACCCCUGAAUAUCUCCAGCUGAUGAAAUUUAAGGCUAUAGCAACUAAUAGUAAAAUUUAUUUCGGAAACGAGAUCCCUCACAUGUUUAUGGACACGGGACCGGGAAGCUCCUCCGCCUCCUCAGUUGCCUCCAAAGCCUUUGAUGCUUUCUCAGAGGGGAUACUGGACUUAGAAUGAUGAGAUACACUAAAAAGAGAGAGACCUAGUUUGUAGCACAGAGACUAAGGCUAAACACAUAGGUGCCAGGCAUUAUACUGAACUGUCCAGCUGAAUGCUAUGAGCCCACUUCAGUAUAACUAACAUGGUAUCAGUUGGGUAAAAAGAAUACAUCUGUAUCUUAACAGGUGUUGGGUAUGCUCCUGUGACUUGGAGUUAAAAUUAUAUAAUUGUAUUACAGUAUGUUUUACUUUUUGCGAAAUGAAUUAGGUGGUUUAUUUGAAUCUGAGUAUAGUGUACAGAAGAAGCCAUCGAAUAAAAGAUGUUGUAUUCUUAGAGCUGAAGAUUUGUGCAUGUUUUAGUAUACAUUGAAUUUAUAAAAUUAAUCCGUUUUCAUUCAAAAAUAUGCUUUACUGAGAUGUU